CACCUAGGUUCUUUACAGUAGGAUACCUUUCUCGUGUGCUGCUUUCAAAAACUGUCAUAUUAGACACCCUCGGCGUGUUCCUAGAUCGUGAAUUACCUGAAGUAGGAGCCUCACUAACCCAAAUUUAAACAGUCUUCGUAGUCGUCGUAUUACUCAGAGAGAAAAUGUCUCAACACGCCUGUGAAUUGAGUUUCCUUUCUCGAUCUGAUGGGUCAGCACUUUAUUCAAUAGGUAGCACCGUAGCUUUGGCAUCAGUGAAUGGUCCAGGGGAUGUCAAGGCUUCUAACCGCCACUACAAUAAGUGCCAUUUAGAAGUGUGCUACAGUCCUUGCACUGGCCAAUCUAUGAUAGGAGAGCGAGCUUUGGAAUCGGUGAUAACAAAGACAGUGGAACAAGUAAUUCUUAUUCAUCUUCAUCCACGGACAGCUGUCAAUGUCACCAUUCAAGAGAUGCAGUCGGAUGGAUUGGCUUUAUCAACAAGCAUUAAUGCAGCGUGUAUGGCGCUACUUGAUGCUGGCGUGCAAAUGAAAUCGACCUUUGCAGCUGUUACGUGCUGCCUCACACCAGCAGAAACUAUCAUUAUUGAACCGACAGAGGCUGAAAUGAAGGAGAGUUCAGCUGUUGUGACAUUUGUGUUUGACGGAUUAGAUUACAAUGUGGUAUCUGCACAUCAAGAUGGUUGCUUGAGCACAGAGAAUUUCAACAGAUGCUUCCAGGACUGUCAGAUCGCUGCUAAAGAUGUUAUCAAUUUUUAUAGGAGAACCAUAGAAACGAAAUAUGAAGAUGAUGUUGUAUAAAUUUUAUUCCUCUUUAUGUCGUAAGUUGGUUUAUUUUUCUUUGAUAAAUCUUCGUGAAAAGUUCUCUAAAUGCACUAAGAAUUGUACAUCAUAUAUGAAUUAUCAUAUUUUGAAGGUAGCAAUAGGAUUUUUUCAUAUAAAAAUAGAUUUUAUAUCUGUAAUUUGCAAAUCACAUGAAUUUGAAUUAUGUACAAAUUUUUAGAAAUAACUACUAUGCUUUAUUGCAAUGUAAUAAAACUCUAAACCUGUAUUGGCAUUCAGACAAUUAAUACUGAUAAGCUUCUCAUCAUUAAUAUAGCAAAGUUUGCCGUCUUGAAGUUUUUUAUU